AUGCGGUGUUUUUGGAUCUUCAUCAACAAAUAUCCUGGAAAAGUGAUUGAUAUCGAAGUGACCGUUCUCUCGGACGAUGGAGGUGUUCUGUCAACAGCUAUCACCGCUGUCACUCUCGCUUUGGCUCAUUCUGGAAUAGAACAUAUGGGAUUGACAGCUAGCGCUCAUGUGGCAUUAAGACAAAACGGCGAUUAUAUGACCGACCCAAGCACAUCUGAAGCAGAGGACGCCAUCGGCGGAGUGACUUUCGCAAUCAUCAUCGAGCUUCUCGAGCAGAAGUUCGCAAAUGCGAAAGAAGGUGCGAAACCAGAAUCAGUCAACGUCACAUUCGCAGAUUUCGACGGUGUUCUGUAUAAAGUGUCGAAUCCGGAUGGUGUGAAGACAAGAAUCAUUGUAAGAAAAUUCAAAAUAAAAGGAGAAACGAAAUGCAAUGAAGUUCUCAAAGCUUGA